UUUUUUUUUGGUGGGGAAUUCUGGGGCAGGUCACUGGGCCUCUAGUAGACUGCUGUAGCAAUCAAGACAAAUACUAAUAUAAUAGUAAUUUAUUGCUAUAAUGGAAUAUGCUAAAGCUCUGGUGCCGGUGUCUGUGGUGAGGAGGGUGUCUAUAGUUGGCAAGUCCUUUAGUUGGUUGGCGCUGCCUGCUGCUCAACCUCGUCCCUUUAAGAUGACCACUUACGACCGCUGUCAACGGAUAGGUUUGAUGGCCAGCUCCCUGGAGGACCUGCUGAGUAAGACCAAAGACUCCCUAUUUCUGACCUGUCCGCUCCUGACUGUGGUGCUGGAAGAGGAUGGCACGCUUGUGGAGUCGGAGGACUUCUUCUGCUCCCUGCCUAACAACACACAGUUCAUGGUGCUGGAGAAAGGCCAAGAAUGGGCACCAGUUCAGGCUAAGAAGACAGAAGUAGUCAAGCUGACCUUUGACCUGUACAAACUGCAUCCAAAGGACUUCAUUGGAUGCCUGAACAUCAAAGCUAGGCUGUAUGGAAUGUACACGGUGUCGUAUGACAUCGAGUGCAUGGGGGCAAAACAUGUGCUUACAUCAAGCCUGUGCUGCCUGGCCCAUGUGACCAACACAGUGGGACACCUGCUCCUCUGUGGCUCUUCCUUAAUCUUGCAGUAUUUUUCAGAAUCUGACUCCUAGAGCCAGCCUUCAUGUCAGCUCCCAAGGCAAUUUUGCGUGAGCUGUAGGAAAUGAUUUAAAAGAUGGAACACAGGGUUAUGCGGUAGUUAUGGAAGUCAAACUCAUCCAUUUGGUAACGUCUCGGAACUGGACACCUGGCUUUGCUCCCAGUGGAUUGUAGGGAUUGAAGAGCAAGUUGUAAGCAGUUUGGACUUCUGUAUUGAAGUUCAUGGUAGAAUUUGCAGAAUUGCUUGGCAGUUUUAUUGCUUUUAUGUGUUGCCCUGUCAGCUGUGCAGAUAUUCCAGUGCUGGGUGUUUUUGGCUGAUCAACCAGACUUUUACUGUAUAUGUCAGCAUGAGAUGUAUGAAAACUUAAAUGGUGU